AUGACAUAGUCUGCAAAAAUGCGCGAAGCUGUCGUUAUUCUCUAUUUUGCUGGUUUCUUGUUAGGAAAAACAAACGGAAAUGCAAUACUCAAAGCGCAACCGAAAAUUGUUGGAGGACAAUCAAUUGACAUAAAAUAUAGGCCUUUUAUGCUCUCUUUACAUAAUUCGUAUGGAUUUUUGUGCGGUGCUAGUAUAUUAUCUAGGACAUGGGCCAUUACUGCUCUCCAUUGUCUUGUCUCAGUAUCAUCGACACAAUAUUACGUACGAGCUGGAUCGAAUAAAGCGAAUAAAGGUGGAUCUGUACAUAGAGUGACGAACAUUCACAUAUACAAUGACACAUAUCGCUCUUGGUUCUCGAGAUUGUUACAUCAUGAUAUCGCACUUAUUGAAGUAAAACCACCAUUUCGUUUUUCGAAAACCGUUCGACCAGCUCGUUUACCAAGAUCAAACCACGAAGUACCUCGUGAACUAUUAGUUUGUGGUUGGGGGGAUAUAAACGAAAAAGAAGAAAGUCCUCAAACUCUUAUGGGCGUUUAUAUUCAGCACGUUCCGUUCGAAACUUGCGUUAAUAUCACUACUUCAUACGCAAUACUUGUCAAAGAUGACUAUCAUUUAUGCUAUGGAACUCAAGGAAAAGAUGCGUGUUUCGGAGACUCUGGAGGACCAUUGGCUAGUAAAAGAACAAUUUACGGCAUUGUGUCUUUUGGUCGUGGAUGUGGAAAAGUAGCUGGCGUUUAUGUCAAAGUCUCGUAUUAUCGAGACUGGAUUAAAGCUGUUACUAAUUUAUAAUUAAAAAUAUGCAAAUAUAUACGUUUCAAUAAUUUUAUUUUUUUGUUCACAAUCUGUCAUUUUCAGUAAUUUUUUCAUUAUCUUAAUUGAUAACUGUUAAUAAUAUAGCUAAUGAUAGUUAAUAAAAAAGAAUUAGAAUUGGAUAAAAGUAUGACUCACAAAUUCAUAAUUUAAAAAAUGUAAAGAAUUAGUAUUUUAUUGUUUCUCAUAUGUGCAGCAAGUUUAUCUAUAAAUCUCUUUUAAAGUUAUUCUGUUAAUUUUUCCUUUUGCAUUUAAGUUGGCAAAUACACACAAAUAAAACUGAGAAGAUUAUUCGACACAUUACGCCACUGAAAGCCUCGUGUUCUUAUCCGACAGGUUGAAAGUAUUGUUUUCGAGAGAAUAGGCACAAAAGGCAUAUCGAAUCACGGAGUCGUGAACCCUUCUACGUUCAGGUUCGGUGCGUGCAGGAAAUUCACCACAUACGCGUGCUGCGCAAGAGUGUCGCGCACGCCCGCACGCGGCACACGUAGCACUCGCCCGUGCAAUGCUGAAUAAAAGGUGUACGUGACUACAUAAUGUACGCAAUGAAUAUUUAGUUUUACGUGAUAACGAUAUUUCUUAAUGAUAUUGGUUGCUUUUGCACAUGGUCAUUAAAAAUUAAUGGAGCUGCGUUAAAUUAAAUAUGAAAUAUAGUGCCUGUAAAAAUUAAGCAACAUCAUGUAUAUAUUUUUACGGUGAUAUGAUGGCGAGAUGGUACAUUACUUUUGAGUAGAAAACACAAAAAACAAUGUUAUAUGUAUCGGAAAUAUAACACACUAAUACUUGGUACAAGAAUUAUUAACCAAAAAAAGAUGCUGUUUUAAGAUUAUUCUAUUAUUUAAAAUCGCUUAUAUACUAACAAUUCCAGCAUUAAUACGUAUCAAUAGAGAAAGAAUGGUUAUUUCUCUUUCUAAUAUAUGUAAGAAAACAUAGGUAUACAUAUACGUUUAUUGAAGAAAACAUGAAGAUAAUAUUCUGUGUUUUUAUAGUUAUAGAUAUGCAAAAUAAAAAAAUUCAAUUAUGUAGUUUUGUAUUUAUUUUCCCGUAAUAUAUAUUUUAAAUGAUAAAAAUGAUAAAAAUCAUGAAAUACGGAAAAUAACACACGUAUUCCAAUAUUCGCUGUUUAGUCGACCAUGCACAUUUGCUACUUUCAAGCUACUAUUUACCGGGAUGACUCAUGUGUGCUUUCCUGCGUGAAGCGAACCUUUGCUAGUGUUUUCUGUUCGCGCUUCCAAGGGUCUUUAAACUCCCCUGCCACGUGCAAACUAUUAAGUGUCUCCGUAGAAGACCGUGAGAAGACCGCGCAUUAUCGUAACGGGACAUCCGUCACAUUUGGAUAUGAACAUACACCGCUUUUGCAUACGGGCAUUGAGCUAUCAAUUUCGUUGGAGACACGGUUUAACGAUAAUAAUUAACUUUCGGAAAUGACGUAUUGCUAAUUGACAAUAGCAGCGGAUCAGUAUUAUAAAUAGUUUUUUAUAUAGCGAUAUGCUGUAUUACAUAUAAUGUGUGUGUCAUAUGUGUGUAUUUAGAAAUAAGUCUACUAAACAUUUGUGGCACGUAUAUUAUCUUGAAUUAAUAUUGCUUAUAUGAUGAUGACAUUAUAUGUGUAAAUAAAUCUCGAUAUAAUAUAAAUAUCAACAUAAUUUGCAUUACCAUUUAAAUAUAGCAUAUCCUGUUGCGGUUUUAUCUUGUGACAAUGUAGCCACUGUUAUCUCAAUGACGUAAUAUUUGACGCACAUAAUUUUUUUUAGCAACAUGACAUAAAUUUUGAUACAUAGGUUUUUUUAGUGAGGUAAGAGCUUAAAUUUAUGUAAAGAAAGGGAUUAAUGUGCAAAUUUAUUGCACAUUAUAUACAUGCAGAUUAUAUAUAUGUAUUUUGAUACAAAUUAUAUGAUUUGAUAUCACGGAAAAAUUAUUAUAAUGCGAAAUAUGUUUUAUUGGCACGUAAUUAUAACUGUGAUUUUUUUCACAUAAUAAUAGUUUUAUUAUUUAAAAGUAAGAAUAAACUAUGUACAAAAUUUGCACUUACCCAUCCGUUGGCGCAGGAAAAAUUUUAUUACGCCAGAAUUUCUUCAAGAUUUUACGGAUUUUUAGACACCAAGCACUACUACAUUUGGGACUACAGUAUUUUUGUACAGUACUAUUUAUUUGAAUACUUUCAGUGAUAUCGUGAUAAUCUACUAAUUCCCAAUUUGUAUCAUUUAAUAUAACAGGCAUUUCUUCAUGUGCUAUUGAAAUGUACGAGUUCUGCGAAUUCGCAUUAGAAGAAUAUGAUAUCCUGGCGUCAACGUAAUUCUUCUGUCGCAAGUAAACAUUGUCCACAACAUCCGAUUCAAGAUGCUUAUCAGUCAUAAUCGAUAAAUUUCUAUUAGUUAAAUAUUCUUCUUUACAAAUAGUGGAUAAUUUUUUUAUCUCUUCAAUAUUUGUUUUAUUAUUUUUAGCGCAACUUGGUGAAAAAUGCUUCUUCUGAUGAAAUUUUAAUUUUAUGACGGAAUUGGUUAACAUGAUUGAAUUCUUUACAGUCUAUUUAUAAAUCAUUUUGAAUAUAUCCUUGCCAGUCUUCAAUUUAUAAGACUUUUUUUUAAGCACGAACUUGUAUAAACAACAUAUAUUUGCACAUAUAUGCACUGCUUUGAUACGUCAUAGAUUUUACUUAAUACCAUCACUAUCUUUAUGAUAAUUUAUAAAUGUGCAACAUAAUUGCGAUUUGUUGCGAAUAUAGAAAUAACGUUUUAUCGUAAACCAACGUCGUUCAUUUAGUACGCGAUCCCUACGAAGGAAAAAGUGGCACUGACCAGUUUCUAUACUACCAAGUACCCACGCUCCCUAACUGGGGAUUCCAACUGUGCACGCAUAAACGAAGAGAAGGGAUGUAUGCAUUCACACUUUCUUUCUUCAGUUAGCGUUAAAAUAGCAGAUUUUUUUAGAAAAUAUAGCUGUUAUUAUAAUAUUUUAUUUUUACAUGAUUUAUUAGCCUUGCAAAAUUAUUAAAUAUACUUUUUAACUUAUAGUAAAAGUUUUUAAAAAAUUACAGUAAUGUAAAUUUAUUAUACAUUAAAACAUUACAUGUUAUAAGGAUUGAGAUUUUUUAUCGCCAGUAAUACAAAAUAAGAGACUGCUUAUCGACGAUAACUGACCAAAAUUUUUUAUUAAUUAAAAAAAUUACAUAAUGGUUUGAUCUUGAUUUUAGGUCCUUAUCAAUUCGAAUAUAAUCUGACAAUUUUAAUGAAAAUCUGGAUUAGAAUCAGACUCAAGACACGUACGAAUUUUCUCGUACCUUCCAUAUUGUAUCGUACUUGAUAAUGACUUUAAAUUUAGGUUAAAAUGUUGUGCAGUUUUUUAAUUAAUAAAAAUUUGUUAGCCAGUUGUAGACCAUAAGCAUUCUCUUAUUACAUGUUAUUUUAAAAUAUUAUAUAAAUGAUGAUAUGUCUGUAAUAAUAAUUAAUGCCUUAUCUUAAAAUUAAAAUAAUAAACGUGGAUGUAACAGUUCGAUUAGAAGAAUUUUGCUAAUGCGAUCAACAUUUUAUUGCAAAAUGGCCCCUUAGAAUAUAUAUUUUUAACAAUAAAAAUAUCUGUUCUAAAAAAAUUGUUUGGCAAACUUCUUUAAUAAAACUCAGCUGAAUAAAAAAAAAAACGAUUUUUCACAAUUCUUUACGGUUUUUGUAAAAUCUGUUCCUAAAGGAAAUCUGUUACAUUAUUCCUAAGAGAAAUCUGUUACAUUGUUAUAUUUCGGAUGACAAUAACUUAGAAGUCGAACAUUUACGGCGCAUACCUGGCACUAACCGGACGCAGCAUUUCACAUCAUUUAAAUCUGGGACUACACAUUUUUUAACUUUUUAACUUUGGACAUUGAAUUUAUUUUUGAGAGAAAAAUUAUAAAUCACAAUGCAUAUGUAACGUUUUUUAAAUUAUUGAUUUCUUGUUCCUGAAGAUGAUUUCCAGGUAAGUCGAAACGUUUGACUCAUAUUGUAAUUAUUCUUUUGAUUACAUGUUUGUAUACAAUUAUUUGUCAAUUAAGUUCUUAGGUUGGUCUAGUUAUUUUGUUACGCCAUUGCAUAAUAUUACUAAGUAAUAGCUAUAUAUCAUUUUCAGACAAAAAAUUGUAAUAAUUACUAGUGCGAUGUAAAUUCUUGUGAAAGACGCAUAAGAAAUAAAGGAAAUUCCUAAGGCUAAUAAAGCAAUUUUUUGAAUAUUAUUUAAAUAUCAAAGCAACAUCCCAUUCAAUUCUUUAAUCAGAAUGUCUAAUGUACAUAAAUAUUUAUUAUAUGAUAAUUCUUUACAUAAAAUGUCUUUUUUGUUCCAAAAAAAAAAUAAAA